AUGCUUCUUACUGAAUGUCUAAAGUGCAAGCUUAUGGCAUCUUCCAUUUUUCCUAUAAACCACGCAAAAGUUAUGUUGUUUAAUAUAAGUUUGGUGCAAACCAGAAAACUCUCCGGUCUCCUGAGGUGCUUAGGAUUUCGCUACAAGAUGAGCAACGGUUGUCGUCACUCUUUGUCUUCCGAAACUCUACCUGCAAAUAUGGCGAUUCAAUUGAGCAAAAAACAAAAGAUUAUCGCCAACCAUAUUGAUGCUUUAAUCGAUGAAGGAUCUGAGUCUUUCUCAUGUUAUCUGCACAGUUACAGAGAUUAGUGUCAGAAGGCGCUCAUAACCUUCCUAAAAAUAUAUAAAAAGAAAGAUUUGGGACUUAAUCCAACACAAGUUAGCAUACCAGUGGUGGUUGCUGCAGGGCACACAGAGAGUUACCAUUUUGCCCCUUCGUUUCAAAGCUGAUUGUGUCCUAGAAUCCUUUACAGUGUAUUCAUUACUAUUUGCAUAUGAUCUGAUAGUAUUUACCUUUUGUAUUCUUUAGUAACUGCUUUUUCUUAAAAAAUGUAGCAAUUUAUUUCAU